AUGCUGCCAGUUUCUCUUGUUAGCCUCUACGAAACAUACAAGGAAGACACCAAGGCUGUUACCAAGUGGAUCGCCAAUACCGCGAGAGACAAUGGCUACUCCUCGAAGAACUCUGGAGGUUCAGGGAGGUUGAAAGGCAAGGCCCGCACGAAGGCGAGUUCGGCUCCGUAUGCCAUUCGUAUCUCUGACUUUGAGCCCAUGACCCGAUUCAUCGUUCAGCAGACAAAGGCAGAGGUCCCUGGGUACAUCCCCUGGACACUUGAUCGGGCAAUACGCUGGAGAACCUCGUUUGGGAUCAACCUUUCCCAUAUUACGCUCACGGACACUGAGGCGGACAAGAAGCAUGUGUACUUCAUCGAUGUCCUCAAAAAGGUGUCCGACAUCUUGGAGCCCCACAUCCAACACAAGAGGCCCGCCGUUGGCCGUUCAGGACUACCUGAUCCUCCGUCCGAGACCCUGAACCGGUUCGGGAACUUGACGCUAUACGAACCAAGUGUCGCCGAGGUCGAAGAAGUGCUGAACGUGCGCCGAUUGGGGGAACCGCCGACAAGUACUGGCAAGGACGUAUUGUUCGAGCCUUGGCAGGAAGACCGGGCAGAAGCCUUAUUCAGAUGGUAUUUGUUCAAUCAGGACGUACAACGAAUACGACGGGAAAUAGGAUCCUUAUGGGAGAAUCACCGUGCUCACGAGGUAGGACUUGCUGGCGUGGCUACUGCGCAUAAUUUGGCGAUCAACAUUGUGCGAGGUCUCGAAGAAGAGGUGGCACCCCUUCUCGAAUGCCAAGACGGGUUUUUGGGAUUGUCGCUCCAAGUGUUUCUUCAGAGGUAUGUUGACGCAGCGGCCGACGAAGUGGACAAGCUGAGCCGGAUUCAGAGAGCCCAAAGCUACGAGCUUGGGGAAUUGAGCCUCCUGACCGAGCAGCUUAACCUGUUCGACCAAACAAUGUACUUUGCUAGUAUGUGCAUCAUUGACGAGGCAGCUGCCUGGGAUCGCCCUCGAGCUUGUGGCUCAUACAAGGGGCAAUGGGGGCAGUUCUCCCCGAACGAUGACUGGCAUCUCAAGAGCAACCUCGAGAAGUAUAACGAAGAUCGAGCGGCUGCAUGCGAAGUAAUUCAGGAUUUGCAUAUACUGACGACAUUCCUCCAGAAUAACAACCCUCAAUUCGACGAAUUCGCCUCUGCAAUUAACGACAUUGUCAAAAGCGCAAACUUAAGACAUACCACGAAUCAACCCCGAACCGUCCAGCCCACUUUUCGAUCUGCGUUCGCCACCCAGCUGCUCCUAUACUCGAUCCAUAUCCUAGGAAAAGAUCUGGAGCGGCCGUUCCUUGAACUCAUGGUCAUCAACACCCGGAUCCGAAAGUCAGCUAUGAACCUCGACAAAUUCCGCGAGAGCAAGGGUGCGGAAGCCUUCGGUCACUUGAGCAACGAUGACCACUAUAUAUCAGAGGCGGCCAGCUUCUGGGAUGAUGAAGAUCCAGUGACGGCCUUGCGCCGAGAAAAUGGGAAGUAUGAUCAGGCCAUAGGGCUAAAAGACUACGUUGCACUGAAGCACAAUCCGCUGCUGUUGCCCCUUUGCUGUGCUCGUCUAUACUUCCCAUUCGUGCAGGAGAAGCUUCUUCCUGCAGAGAGCUGGCCUGAUAUGGAAGCAUUCAUGAUCUUGCACCGAAAGGACAUGUGGAUCGGUCGACCACCAAAGGCUGGCGAGUACAAGAAAGCUUUUCGGCUCACGGGCGGCCACUCAAUUACGUCAAUGGCAAGCGAUAGGCACAGUCGUCGUGGUCGGGACAGACCAGCCCUGCGCAACGACAAGAAGGCUAAGAUGCUCACACCCGCAUCGCCAAUGUCAAGAAGAUUACGCCUGGCAUUGUCUGAUCAACGAUUGGCGGCAACGCAAGAGAGAGACAUUCCGGGCAUGAUAUCCGAAAGCAAGAUACGAUGGCGCGCUGGUCGCCCUGUGCGCCUCUGUCCCCAACAUGACUGCGAGGCAGAUCAGGGGAAGCCCGGGCGCACAACAAAUAGUGAGGGACCAGGAAACCACAGCUUAUUGCAGCAGCUGGCAAUUGCUGUCGACGCUGAGGAGGCCGAGCAGUCCUUCGACUACAUGUCAUUCAGACGUGUCUCAUGGAUGGUUCUCAACGAUGUCCUGUGCAAAGGCAGACCAAUCCUGGACAGAGCUGCAGGCAAUGGGCGGCUUGAUUGGGGACCCUGUAACGGCACGGGACUUCGCAACGUCGUGGCGUACGUCUUUGAGCUACUGUUCCUCCCCAACGGCAGAGUACUCCCAGAAGCAGCCGGGAUCGCCGAGAUCAUCCAUGGACGCGUCAAAGCUUUGGGGCGGACCGUCUACACGUCGACGGGAAGGGACUGGGCUUGGGAGCUGCGGUGCACGUGUGAUGCCAACACAGCCGAAGGAGACGCCUCGCCAGUCGCGAUCUGCUUGGGUUACGUGGAUAAGUCGCUCUUAGAAGGUUUGCCGAAGGUUUGGGUCCCAGAAUACUGGCCGAUGGUAGAAAACGUCGGCGGGAAAAAAAUAUGGUUCGAUUCCGAAAAGAUCGAGAAGUACGUUAAAGACGUUUCCAAUAACCUCAACGCCGACGACACGCUCCUCCUAGGGUUGAUAAGUGGGCAAGAAAGCGUGCAGGAGUUCAUGAUAUCACGCAAGAUGGCCAACAGGGACGACAUUAAAUUCAGGGUUGUGUGCAAGUCAAAAUACAAUAACAUUCCAGAAGACGAGAUAGACUAUGGCAGUUGGACCCCGAGCUGGCUGUUUAAGAACUACGAUGGAAAGGGAAAUGGAUUGGGAAUAGAGGAAUAUUUGGAUGAAUUCCAGUACGACUAA